CUGCAAUUAUCUGGCGCAUUGGGCUCGAGGCAGAACCAUUAACUCGUGAUCGUAUAGCAGAUUUCGUCUUGCGCGAUCACCCAUCUCCUGUUAUUUGUUUGGCUUGGUCGCUAGACGACUCUAAGACUGGAGCUCUGAUGAAGACACUUGAGAAUCAUGCUGAGACAGUGUCUACCUUGGUAUGGCUACCCGAUGGAUCAGGGUUUAUGUCAGGUAGCCUUGAUCGCAAGAUCAUAUUAUGGGACAUGGAGGGCGAACUGCGGGAAUCAUGGAAUGAUAUAGCUAUACGUCGUGAGACGCCUGGUUGUUGUUUGGGAUGGAGAUACAACCCUCCCCCAGCGUUGGCUCGUGCCAACGUCCGAGACGCAUCGUUACCCAUUGUAUCUAAUGGCAACGAUAAUGCAGUUGUGCCGUGUUCGCCAGAGAAUCGAAUGAUCAUGUACAAUCUCAAAACGGAGCAGGUUGAGCUAUCUGUUCACAUGAAGGAUUCUCGGUAUGCGUUGAUUAAUCACGCUCCAGAUGAAAUCCAUCUGUGGGACUUGGAAGAGUUCAGGCUUGCACGUAAGUUCACUGGGCUACGACAGGACCGCUAUGUCAUCCGUAGUUGCUUUGAUCGCAAUGUCUAUGUUUGGCAUCACGACACGGGUACACUUCUAGAGGUACUGGGAGGUCACGGCUUGGGAAGCGUGAAUUCUGUAGCCUGGAACCCUCACAAUAAGCGCAUGUUUGCAUCGUGUUCGGAUGAUAACACGAUACGUGUGUGGGAGGCACCUGUCUCCUUCGGCAUCUCUGCGUCCGAGCCAGAGACGAUUGGGAAGGGAAGGGAAAGGGCAACGUAAGGGCUCAGCGAACAUCAAUGAUCUUUUAUGAAUGAUUUUGCAUUCUCACUGCUACUUUACCCUCAUAUUCCGAACGUUGAUCAGUUAUCUUCAUCGCAACAUAUCAUGCAUAGUAUAUAGGUUGUUAAAGUAGCAACUCCGGCAA